AUGACUGAUCGAGCAACUAUUAUUUCUGAUACUAGUAAACAGCAGCAACAGCAGCUACCACAGCAGCAGCAGCAGCAGCUGUUACAACAACCACAGCAGCAUCAGCAGCAUCAGCAACAACAACAACAGCAACAACAACAACAACAACAGCAACAGCAAGAACAACAAUCGCAUGAUCAUCACGUGGAAAAUUAUCUUGCAUCACCUACCGAUGGCGUACAGAAGGAUGAGAAAGGUUAUACCGUUGUUCCAGCAAGUGUCAGCUUUCGUGGUGUAAGCAUGAAGUUAGAUCUGAAAAUUGAUCAGAAAACGUUAGCCGCUGCAACAAAUUUCUCAAAAGUUGUAGAAGAAGCUGUUUCCACUCAUCUUUCAUCGUCGGUUAUACCGGUGGAAAACGGUGAAGUGGACAGUUCAUUGAUACCCCACAUUCCACCUACGUCUACAACAAUUACUGCUCAACCCUGCCACGCUGUAUCCUCAUUUACAGUCAUGGAGGCUGCUAAUAGUACCAAAGAAUCACCUAUCUGCGAUAGUUCUGUCGAGAGUAGUACUGCAUUUUUGAGUAGAAAUGAGUUAUGCGAGCAGGUGAACGAAGUAUGUAGUUCUACCGUGGAUGCAAGUCCAUUUUGUGAUACUGCUUGCUCACCUAUACAACUCGAAUUGCAAACAAAAUUACCACAUGGCAUCAUGAACAAUUACAUAAAAUCUCCAGAUGAUACACCUCCUGCAUCGUCUGAAGAACAAAAUAGAAUUGCAUCGCAUUCAUUAGUCAAAGAAGAACUGACCAAUUUAGUGACUAAUACUUCUGCACCAGAUAAUAUCUAUCUUACACCAUGUGCGUCAACUUCAUCAGCCGAGAUAGAUGCUGCCACAUUUUCACCACUCUUGGCUAAAAAGCGAAAGGAGAAAUCAACUACAGCAUCUCAUCUUUGUGAACAGAUUGAUCCAGAAAAAGGGCAGUGUCGACAACGAGCUAUUGUAAAUUAUCGUUACUGUAUUCGUCAUAUACUCUUGGAUCCAGAAGCACCUUAUAUACAGUGUCAACAUCAACGCAAACCAAAAAGCAAAAGAGAUACCAAUUUGCUUUGUACGAAUGCAGUACGAAAAGACAAAGGAACAAUUUACUGCAGUACACAUCUGAUCAUGAAUGGAUUAAUGGAACCGAGAAAAAAGAAAGCGAAAGCAGGUGCGGUGAUUGUUGAGAGCACAGAACUUACUUCGUGUAAUAACAAUGUUUGGAAUCGGUCCAUGAUUACUGGGAAAUCGAGCCUGACAACUGCAUUGUCACCAACAUUAGUGGACACAUACGAAGAAAUGAAUUGUACAUCUCGCUCAAUAGAACAAACUUGUAUAAGAAAUGAUGGCGUCGUCUACAAUAAUGUCUUGAACAGUGCUGUGAUAGCUGUUGAUUCAGUAACCAACAAACGCACAGUGUAUCACUUCUCAAAAACAUCAGUAGCCAAUACUUUACCCAUGGAAGGAGAUAUUGCUACCGUUCCAACCGAUUCAAGGAAUGAAGUGACAACGGCUUCUGAUAAUGGUAUAUCGAUUGAAGACGAUGAAUAUACUGGACUACCAAAAUUACCUGUACAUAAGACCAUCAUGCCUCUUCCUGUUACAUCAUCUUAUGGCGGAGUACGAUCAACAUAUGAGUGUCCCGUGCAAGCAACAACUAGUCAGGUGGUUUGUCGAAAUCUACCUCAGUUAUAUCCACGGACAGCUUCUCAAGUGGUCACACCAGCUAUUAUCAAAACUCGUGAUGGUGCACAAACUCCCUGUGCCCAGUCGACAAUUGUGAAACAACGCAUAACUGCCAAUCUCAGCAAGCAACAUCCGCAGCUUGCUGCUAAACUUCUUCAGGCUCCAGCGUCUACAGCAGGGCAAAGCGUUGUAUCAUCGUUACCGGGUGCUCCAAUACGUCCGAAUUUUGCAAAAAGUAUCAUUCCAUCAUCACUUUUAGUUUCCGAACCACGUAAUUUAUUGCCCUCUACAGCGCCUCGUCUAACUUCUCAUCAGGAACCUCCGCGUUUUUAUAAGACACCUGAAGAUGAUAAAAUUAAGUCAGCCAUCAAGCAGGAAAAAAACGACGUGCCACAAAAGCCAAAAGUUAUACAACUAAAGCAGAAACGAAGGCGAAUGAAAAUGACGGGAGUUUAUCGGAAAAUACCUCAAGUUGACCAAAUGUGCAGAGUUUUAGAGGAUCAAGAUUUUGAUCGAACCGAUCUUUUUCCUCGUGGACUUGAACCAUCAGAUGAUGAGGAUGAAGAAAAUGAUUAUCUUGAUCUCAGAUGGUCGGAGAUGGCCUGUAAUGCUGCUUCUGAUCCUGCGCCUCAGGGAGCAUUGCAAGUCUAUUUAGUAAAAAAGCAGAUCAGAUUGGACAAGAAUGCAUUAAUGAAAGAAGCUGUUACGAAUGCUCCGAUAAUGCAUGCCUGCAAACAAUAUCCGAAUAGUGUCGGUGCAGCACUAGCUGAUCGUGCAUCCAAUUAUGGGACUGCCGCAAGUGCUGUAUUCAACCAGAAAAAAUGUACCAUCACGAUCUUGAAAGGUGGUUCACCUCCCGUUCAGUGCACAAAUAACUGUCUUCCUUUUUCCAAUCAUUGCGCACAACACAUUUCUUACAAUUUGAAUCAGAAGUUAUUCAGCUAUUGCGCUGAGCCGUGUUGCUCACAACCUGUUCUUUGUGUUGAUGCACCGAAAACUUUGAAAUUGUGCGUUCAUCAUUAUGAGCUAAGGAAGAAGAAAAAAGCCGAAGAAGAAUUGGCACGGGAAAAUGCUCACCAAUCUUGGAAACAACAAGCAGCAAUAUGUUACGUGCAGCAGCAGCCCAUGCAGCCGUAUGAAGAUGAUAUUCGUAUGAACAGUCAGCACUCACAUUAUCAAUCGCAGGAUAUUGCAACAGAUAGAUUAAAUUCUGCUGCUCUGGGUGACUUCUGUGAACUUGAAAUGGGGUCAGCAUCAAGUGGAAAUGAAUCGGAUGUAUAUUUGGCUUCAUUUGCUAAAGAUCUAGAAUUCAAUUUUGAUGGUAGAGAAAUUAAUGAUAUGUUGGCAAAUUUCAAUGUCGCUGAUGGAGAAGGCGGUGAUAUUUUACAUGAUCAACCAUUUUCAGAUGGCGUGAAGGAUGAAUUUUUGCAACUACCAACAGAAUUUAACGAAAUGGCUGGUGGCCAUAAUUGGCUUGACGUAGAGCAAUUUCUCAUUUCCGAAGGUGUUGAUUUAUCAUCAUCAUCGCAGUCGAGCAGUAUAUCCGCUGCUUCGGUGCCACAGCCAUUAAGUCUAGCUAGCGGUGGAAUAACUUUCUACGAAUUCUCAUCGUCAUCAUCAUCGCAUCAGCCACAAAGCUAA